UGAGCCACGUGAGUGUUGUCAUCUUCGUUACAGUUUUAAAGCAAGCAGUUACUUGUGUGAAAUAAUCUUUCAUUUGCACGUGAGAUGUUUCAGGCUCAAUUGAAUCUCAAGCAUUUCGAGCAGGACAUUGACGGGAGAAAAGAAGAUUGGCGGAUUAAACAAGAUAUUCUGGAUAGAACUAGCAAUAUCGCCCUUUUUUUCUAAAUAGACAGAACAGCCAAUUUUACUAGUUUAUGGUUAUAAAGCGUAUUUUUAACCGGCCGGGAUAUACAUGUGUUGCUAUGUAGCUGAUACGUGUGUGUUAUAUACUUUGGAAGCGUGAAAAUAUCAAACAACCCAAAUGAUUGGUGUCAACGUGUAAGCAAGUUGGUCACUAAGUACUUUGCAUUAAAGCGAGAGCUGUUUAUUGAAACCUGGUCGCAUUAAAAUGAAAUCACAUUUUUUGGCCAGGGCGGAGUACCUGUAUAGGUUCAUGUCUCAUCAUUAGUACACAGGAUGAAGUUGCAAUAUGAAGAAAUGGGUGUUCGAGGACUAACUAGUUACAUAGCGAAACACUCGGACCAGUACCUGGAGCCACAUGAACUGAAAGACUGUUACAUUGUUAUUGAUGGCAACAGUUUAGCAUCACAGCUUUACAACUGUGUAUCCAAUUGUAAUUGUGUGUUUGGUGGGGAUUAUGAUGAAUAUGCCAAUUGUGUGAAAGAUUUUUUUUCUCUCCUAAAGAGUUGUAAUGUCACUUCACUGGUAGUCUUUGAUGGUGGAUAUGAAACAAGAAAAUUACCCACUGUUCAUGCCAGGUUGAAAAGGAGACUUUUAGUGGCUAAAAUUAUUACUCCUGUAACACAGUCCAAAUUGAAAUGUUUUCCACUCUUCAUGAAUGAGGUUUUCAGAAAUGUGUUAAUGAGCAUGCAGAUCCGUUUUGUUCAGUCUGACUUUGAGGCAGACUCUGAGAUUGCGGCCAUAGCUCAAAGACUUGGAUGUCCAGUUCUUAGUUAUGAUUCAGAUUUUUAUGUGUAUGAUGUUCUGUACAUUUCAUUCUCUACUGUCAUUCUGGAGCCAACACAGUAUGAUUCUGCAUAUGAUAAGCAUAUGAGGAACCAUAUCAACUGUCAGAUUUACAACAUAGAGAAAUUUCUUGAUUCUCAUGGUGGUUUGGACAAAUCCAUGCUUCCUGUGAUGGCUGCUUUGCUGGGAAAUGACUAUAUUGAGCAUCAAGUGUUUGAACACUUCUUGUCACAAAUUCAAUUGCCAAAGAAUCAUUCUGUAAGCAAAACUCAACGGCAAAUUAUGGGACUCUCUGAAUGGUUAAGGAAAGAAACUGUUGAGACAGCUGUUAAAAAGAUCCUUAACCAUGUUAAGAAAAGUCAGCGUAAAAGUGUUGCAAAACAAUUGAAGGCAAUAAUAGCUGGCUACAGUACAAGUUCAAGUAGUUUAUUUCGCUACUUGGAUAUAUCAGUGGAAGGCUAUUCAAAAUUAAGAUGCAACUCUGUCACUGCUACUGCUACUGCAAAUGUGGAAAGGAAGGAUUCUGUAUUCCACUCAAUUUGUGAUUCAGAAAGUGACACCAAUUCACACCAGUCUGCUGUUACUGAAAAUGAGGACAAGCAGGAAAUGAAAAGCAAUGGAGAAUGUUAUAAACCAUUUCGGUGUGGUAUAGAUAUGCUGCCACAAAAUUUAUUUCCUGAUUGGUUCAAGGACAACUUACAUUGUGGAAACCUUCCACGAUGUUUCAUCAAUAUGCUUGUUCAUCAGAUCCACUUCUCUGCACCUCAGGUUGAGGACUUCUCAUUACCAUUCUCCCACAGAAUUAGUCUUCCAAUCCUGUGUGUUAUAUUUGGCCUUCUGACAGCUGGAAAUGCUACACAUAAACCAGAGUUAUGCUAUGUUGCAUAUAAAGAAAAUGCUCAGCCCCAGACUCUUAUUGUGUUGCCCGUAUAUGGUACUGCUUCACUGAAUGAGUUUCCCCCAUUGGAGGAAUUACCUGACCUAGCAUUAUCUGCUAGGAGACACCUGCUAUAUGAUGCCAUGGGUUUUAAUGUUAAUGACAUCCUUAUUUUGGAAGGUUUUCCAGAUGAUUGGAAAAUAUUUAUUGUUGCCUUGAUUUACUGGGGCAGGAAUGUGUCUGAACCAUCGCUUACAGAGCAUCAUAUUCAUGCAGUAUUAUUUAGCAUAAUUUGUUUGAAUAUUGUUGAUAGACAUGUAGGAUACUGUAGGUCAAAGAAGACUUUCUUGAAACUGAAUGGAACCAAACUUCAGAAAGUUGUUAAAUUACAGAGCGUGAAAGAAAAUGAAUACAAAACAGGCAGUGGUACAUUUCAGAGUGCCAAAACAGGACAGUUAGAAAUGUUUGAAAAUAAUCUGCCCAGUCAUAAAGACAUUAGCUGUGUUACAGUGACAGAAGCUGUGGCAACAGUGUCCAGUGAAGAUUGUUUUUGUUUAGUUGAAACCAUAUUACCAUAUCACAAGAUGGAUGAGUGCCUGAAGAGUAGACCAUUGCUGUUUUGUGUGAGUGUGGUGCACAUAUUUGCCCAGUUUCAGAGCUGCUUGCUUCAUGUCAUGCACCUCAAUUCUCUGCUUAGCUUACCUUUCAUACAAUGUCAAGUUGAAAACUUUUAUUCAGGAACUUUAAUUUAUAAUGCAUAUCUGAACUUCAAGAAACAUUCAGAUGUUGAGGACUAUGUCCUGACUCAACUUUUAAAAUGUUCUCCCUCAGUAGCUGGUUUAUACAGUACUAUGGUAAAAUUAGUAAGAGAUUUUCUCCCAGACUUAUCAGUUACACAGAGAAAGAAGAAGGAAAAUAAAAGGAAGAAGAAGAAUGAUUCAAAAUGUUAUAUGAAUCAGUACUAGGUGAUGAAAAUGCCCGUGAAAAAUCAAAGUCUGAAGAGAUAAUAGAAUUCAUAGACUAACAACUUUUCUGGUCUCAGUAUUUGUGGCAGUAAUCAGUGGUAUUUUUUUUUAAGAAUGUUUCAUUCAUUCAUUUCCUUUAUUUCCCAUAUAUCCAUACAGAUAACAAACCUAGG